UUCCUCUCUAAUAACAACUCAUCAAAAUCCACACAUCCGCAAGCAAACCAUAGAAAUUUGAUUUUCAUCCCUUCCUGAGGAUUUUGAUUUCGAUUCUGUAAACUUCUUAAUCCAUGGCUUCUCGUAGGCGUAUGCUUCUGAAGGUCAUCAUCCUUGGUGAAAGUGGGGUUGGCAAGACAUCUCUCAUGAAUCAGUAUGUGAAUCGUAAGUUUAGUAAUCAGUACAAGGCAACAAUAGGAGCAGAUUUCUUGACCAAGGAAGUCCAGUUUGAGGAUAGGUUGUUCACGUUGCAGAUAUGGGACACUGCUGGGCAAGAAAGGUUCCAAAGUCUUGGCGUGGCUUUCUACCGAGGUGCUGACUGCUGUGUCCUUGUAUAUGAUGUAAAUGUUAUGAAAUCAUUUGAGAAUCUCAAUAAUUGGCGUGAAGAGUUUCUGAUUCAGGCUAGUCCACAUGACCCUGAAAACUUUCCCUUCGUUGUAUUGGGGAACAAGAUAGAUGUUGAUGGUGGCAACAGCCGGGUGGUUUCUGAAAAGAAAGCAAAGGCAUGGUGCGCUUCUAAGGGAAACAUUCCAUAUUUUGAGACAUCUGCGAAAGAGGGAUUCAAUGUGGAUGCUGCUUUUCAAUGCAUAGCUAAAAAUGCACUCAAGAAUGAACCUGAAGAAGAUAUAUACUUUCGCGACGCCAUUGAUGUUGGUGGUGGGGGAACGCAACAACGAUCUACUGGAUGCGAAUGUUAAGAGAAUGCUUUGUGGUUCUAUUUAUUUCUGUCUCCAAAAUACAUAUUUGUUUAGGGGUGUAUCAUAUGUGGGUCAGAAAACAGUCCUAUUCUCUUUGUUUUCCUUUACCCUUAAAUAAUAUUUACGUUUUUUGGCAGUUCA